UUUGAUCAACGCAUUCACUCAUCGCGCUCUCACCUGCAGAACACAAUUCAAAAAAACUUCGAAAAAAGUGUGUUUAAAAACUAGUGUGCUAAAGGAAUUUUUAUAAAAGUGGACAGUUUUAAAUGUUACAGUUGUGAAAAAUAAUAAAAAUGUUUCUAUUAGAUCAUCGAGAAUCAACGCGAUUUUUGCUUCUAUUAGCCUGCGCUACACUCAUCAACAGCGCAUCAGUGAAAUCUAUAUUUUCCGCAUCGAAAGCAGUCGAUGAUGUUGACGCAGCCAAAUCACUAGAGGGCGUUAGUAGCGCGCUGGAAGACACAGACAAAGAAUUAUCACGAGUGCCGCGUGACAAUAAAUAUUUUCUAUCGCGUUAUGCAAGCGCCGAUUCAGACGCAGCCGCCUCCGGACCCAGCAGUCGCUCCUUGAAACCCGAAGAGUCGCCGGAGGCACGACAAGCCGCUAGUGAACAAAGCAGUGGCGUGGAGAAACGAUGCAGUCGUUGUGGUUACGGCGACUACUACGAUCGUUACGACUCUCGCUCACGGUAUGGCGGUAGUGACGAUCGCUACCGCAGUCGCUAUCCAGAUUAUGACUAUGAUCGAUAUGACAAAUACGAUCGCUACGAUCGUUAUGACAGUCGUGAUCGUGGUUAUGAUCGAUAUGAUCGCGAUAGAUAUGACCGGGAUAGAUAUGAUCGUUACGAUCGAUACGAUCGUGAUCGCUACCAAGACCGUGGUAUUGGUUAUGAUAAUCGAGGUUAUGAUUUCCGUGGGAGCAGCAGGCCCUAUGAUGAUAUAAGUCGUGGAUAUGAUCGGGGUGGAUAUGCGAGUGGGUACAAUUACGGACGAGGUGGAGAUGAUUAUUACUAUCGUGAUAGAGGAUAUGAUAGAAAUCAGAAACCCCUAGAUCCACCAAUUGACAGAAAUCAGAAACCCUCAGGUCAGCCGAUGGACAGAUACGGCGGUUAUGGCGGCGGAUACGGCGGUAGUUACGGAGGUUAUGGCAGCAGUGGCUACGGCAGCUACGGAGGAGGUUAUGGAGGUUAUAGCGGAUCACGCGGUCGGGACCCAUACAACGCGUACCCCUAUGAUAAUGGCUACCGAGGCACUAGCUACCUCUAUGGCCGCCCAUCCAGCACCAGUACAACACUCAGACCCUCAUCAAUGGACGACAAUUCAGUCACCGAUAGCCCACAACAAACAAAUUCACCAUCAGGUUAAGCACGAGAUAUUAACACAGAAAACUAAAAAAACUAAAUUACCAACAAGGUUAGCCACAAUUCGUCGUAAAACGUUCCGAAAACGCCGAGACAAUAGACGUGUCGGUGUAUUUAUUUUAAAUUAAGGCCAAAAAUAAGCUGCAUUUUUCUCUCACAGUCGCAAGGUCACUUAUACUCUAAUUGUAAUGAUAUAUCAUUGAGUAAUAUUUUUAUUCUCGCUAUCUUAAUGUGGUAAUAAUAAGUAAUUUUUAAUUUAUUUCCGGUUACUUAACUGAAUCAGAUUAUUUUUUUUAUAACAAAAAUUAAAAUCAUGCUGAAAAUGAUCAAAUUCAUUCCUAUUCUCAUUCUCAUUUUGGUUUGACACGGAUGAGUGCAAUGGACUUCCGUUUUUUUACUUCCGCGCUGCGUGUUGUAACUUGACAUCCGGUCGCGUUUUUUUCUUUCAUAAUGACACAAACUGUUUUCAUAUGUUCAAAUACAAGCAGAUAACGGAUUUGUAUUUAUCUAGAGGUUUAAUUUAUGAUUAUUGAUGUACCACUAUACUGCCUGCUUUUUUUACAAUAUUUUUUUGUUUUUUUAACUUUAUUAUUUGUAUUAACUUUGCAUAAACAUAUUGUAGUUAAUUGAAACGUGUUAGUUUAUUGAAUAUGUAUGUCACUGUAUGAUAUUGUGAAUGAUAAACAGAAAAUUAUACAAAUAUUGAUAUAUUA